AUGACCGGUGAAAGCAAGAUCUUGAGAACGGACCUUGAGUGUGAGCCAGCAACUAUCGAUCGUAACGUCACAGUGUAUUGCCCUGAUUAUACGGGCUGUACCACUGCAUACAACAUCCUGCGAGUGCACAACAACGACUGUCACAUGUCUGCAUUUCCCAAUGACAACACCAGUUUUGUGGUAGACAACCGCACGCCAUUUGGAAGAUGGUACGGUGGUGUCUUACCUGGUACAUGUGAUGGCCCAGUCGAAGACACGAAUCGAGAUCGUUUGGUGGUCUUUGUCCUCCAUAAAGUGGUUGGGCCGCAAAUCACCAACAGCACCGCCCUGUUCUGCAAACCCUCUGUUCAGCUCCAGCAGAGUACGAUAACGAUGGAUCAGAAUGGGGUAUUGAUCAACGUCGAGAAUGGCACUGCCUUGCCAACCCCGGCUGGACUGACGUCCUUUAUCUCCGAUGCGGUACUCAACACAGUGGAGCAACUGGAUAACAAUUUCCUUGCCGAGCUGGCACGCAAAUAUCCAAUCAGGCCACAGAAUCUUGAUUUCGCUAACGUCUUUGCUGGACUAAUUAUGAGAACCAUGGACUCGAACGAUAUGCAAAACUUUUGGGAUAGCGAGAAGAUGUCUCGCGGCGCACAGAAAAUCUUCACGAGCGUUGCUGCUCAAGUUGCGAAACGAUAUCUCCUCGUGACAAAGCCUGAUGCCUCCGCGACAAAAUCCACCGGCAAGGCAACUUACAGACAGGAGCGCUUGUUUGUUCGAAGGUCUACGAUGAGAGCCAUGGAGGCGCUGUUUUGUGCUUUGGUCCUGCUAUGUCUUUAUCUAGGUUUGCGUCCCGUGCGUCGAACAACACCGCAGGAUCCAGCUUCCAUCGCUCGACUUGCUUCUAUGCUCUCACAAAGCGAGAAUCUCAACUUACUAAUGAGCAAUGCUGGAUUCGUCUCUUUGGAAAGCAUCGAAAGCUUGUUGUCAGGAAAGUAUGGCCUUGUGUACGCAGAGGACUUCGUCCAGCACGCGAGCAGGCCGCAGUUCAUGAUUGAGAGCUGCGACACCGAUAUCUCGAAGCCUAUAUCAGUUACUGCGAAGCCAUGGCAGCCAAUUUCUGCUAUGUGGAUCUCUCGGAUCGCAUUACUCGUAGUUCCUUUGGGCAUAGUUGUGGCUCUGGAGGUCUUGUUUCGUCAGUCUGAGCGCAACCAUGGUCUACUCGACGUUUCAUCAAGCAAGUGGACACAAUACGGUUCGAGCUUCGUUCCAGCUUUAGUCAUGGUCAUGAUAAAGCUGCAAUUUUCCGGCUCUGAUUUUGAUCUUCAUCUAAUUGAUCCUUAUGUACAACUCAAGAAAGGGUUUGCAAGGGCCAAGACGAGUGUCUUGGACAAGACUAUCUACACAUGGAAGGCAGAUGCCGUGUGGACAGCCUUCGUUAACGGACGCAUCGCGGUCGGUGCUUCGACAUUCAGCGUUGUUGUCGCUUCAUUCCUGACGAUAGCCGUGUCAGGCUUGUAUAAUACGGUGCCUAUGGCGCGUCAAGAAUUCACGAACGUCACUCGUUUGGAUAGCUUCUACGAUCCGGCAAGUAUGCUUUCGGGUCUCAACGCAACAUUCAACUACACCACAGCUCUGAGUGCGCGCUUGGUUGUCUACGACCAGAUGGUCAGUUCGCAAUGGACUUCCGAAUCGUAUGUCCUGCCGAAUUUGACAUCAACAGCCGAGACAACCGAGACAGCAAACAACGUGUCAUCCAUCACCGUGGACUUACCAGUGAGACGAGGUGCCCUCACAUGUCGAGUUGUUCCGCAAGAUCAGCUCGUCAUAUCCUAUGAAUGGUUCAAGAAAAUGAACCAAACUGGUGCUGACAUGAAUUGGCCAAUGCUGAAUCAAUAUAAUUGUACUGGUAGCACAACCAAUGGGGUACCAACGGUGUCAGUAUCGAAUCCUGGAGAUGGUCCGUUUGGGGAAUGGUCAAAUUUCGACUUUGACUAUUCCAACCGAUCCUCCCCGUACAACGACCGCCCGUGCCCUACGUCAUAUGGACUCUACGGAACAUGGCAAGGCAAAAAGGCGAAGGAGCUCAAUGUUGUACUUUGCUGGAGUUCUGUCCAGGAAUUGCAGGCCUCGGCACGGUUCUCAAUGCCUGGAUGGAGGUUACGAUCCCUGCAGGCGGAUGAACAAACGGUGCGGAACAUAUCUGCCACUCCGGAUACACAGCUGGACAUGGCUAGCAGAGUAUUCGGUGGUUCAAAAGGCAACGUAUCGACGUCCUUGGAUAAUGUUUUCACUGCCUUCCUUCGUAACUCGACGACGAAUACGAUGGAAACUAGCCUUCUACAACUUGAGAACUGGGACAAGUUGUAUGCGCGCAUGAACAGUGUUUAUGGUAGAGCUGCGGCCCAGAUAAUGUCCCGUGAAGGACGCUUCACCAAUCUCACGUCCACCAGCACCACAAUACCCGCACAACAAACAUCCUACUCGACCCACCGCCUCAGACAAAAACUCGUCUCCACCCGUGUCUUGCAAGGCCUGCUAAUCGCCAUGAUCGUCUGCGCACUCAUAUCUCUUCUCACCAUCGACCUCAGAAAUGUCUUGCCCAAGAAUCCGUGCAGCAUCGCCGCUCAAGCUAGUCUGGUAGCAGGCAGUCAGAUGAUGAAGGACCUGCCCACUGAAGCGCAGUGGAUGAGCGAUAAAGAGUUCGAGAAGCUGUUCGAGGGUGGAAGGUAUCGGAUGGGAUGGAGUGGAGAAGGAGAGGAGGAGAGGUUUGGCAUCGAUGCUGAUGCGAGACCUCGAGUACAGGAGGAGACGGGGUGGAAGAAGUGGCUGUGGAGAUGA